UUCUGUAUGGGAGCUGGGAGGCUCCAUUCUGAAGUUUCUCUUGCUCACACUGCUGUUGAGAUUGAGCAGCGAAGCGUUCACAGCUCUGCAUUAUAUUACUGACAAUUCAAAGGCGCGCGCCGAGAACACCAUGUAUCCCGAUUUGGAACGACUUGGAGAGGGGGUGUCCAUGCCUUUCAUGUGGUGAAGGAGAAAACACUUUGCUUAAUUUACCCAGGAAUAGACGUAGAGGAAGGCAGUCCUUCUGGAGUGGAGUGCUUUGUAUUGAAACACUGUAGAGGCGACGGUGGGUAUUCUCCAGUGUACAGUUACGAUCAGCCAUCGAAACUUCUGCUUCAAGAAUCUGUUUUCAAUAAGGAUUGCUUCUGAACUGAAAACGUAAUGAACCAUAUAAGGCUGGAGAUGUCACAGUUGAAAUGUUACUGUAGGAAAGAAAGUGGAGACCCUGUUGUGCGCAUUCUGGUUUAUCCCAAAGAAAGCAAGUAGCCUAUAUGGUUACGCGCACGUUGUGCUUUGUGAGAAGAGGAUUUCAACCAAACGAAAAUGGCCCGGAUUAUUCUUUGCGCUUUGACAUUAGUUUUGGCUGACUUUAAUUAAACAUAACUGUAGGUCUAUUGAACAUCCGUGGAAUUGACCCCACAGUCCAAAUGAUGGAAUGGCUCGUUGCUUUGUGUAUUGGGAUUCUGGUGGCCGUCAUUUGGUCAGCUUCGAAAUAUUUUGGUACCCAGGGCGAGCCAGACGCACUCCUACAGGGGCUCGGAAUUUCACGGCGGCAGACGAAGGAGAUGGUCUCGGAGAGGUGCGUCUCAGACCGGGGGAUCCCGGUGGACGGUGCUAAUGCCCAGACAUCCGACAGGGCAGGUGAGAAUAAAGUCCCCGAUGUUGCGCUGAUAUGCAAACCCUCGGCGCUGGCCAACUAUCUCUUCAAACACUGCAGGACUUUCAGCAAUUUCACAGCGUGCACUGGAUGGACAUGGCGGGCGAGUGCGUUUCUUCAGACAGUUUACGGCGCGUGCUGGCCGUACGAGAGCCCGGCGUAUUUCGUGCGGGACUACCUGCAGUUGAACGACGACGGUCUGGUGUCGCUAGACUGGGCAGUGUCGAUGGCCGGUGCGUCGUACCAGAAACGGAGGAGAACCUCGAGUAAUUCCACGAGCCCAAUCCUCCUCAUCAUACCCAACUCUUUUGGGAAAAUCACUAGAAAUGUGCUGAAGCUCUGUGAGGUGGCGUUGUCCCACGGCUACCUCCCUGUGGUGUUUAACCGGCGCAGCCACAACGCCACCCCCCUCAGCACCGUCAAGCUGCAGCAGUUUGGCGACCCAGGGGACCUACGCGAGGCUGUGCGCUACAUGCGCUACAGGCAGCCCGUGAGCCGGCUGUACGCGGUGAGCGAGAGCACGGGGUCUGGCCUCCUCCUCUCCUACCUAGGCGAGUGUGGUUCAUCCAGCUACGUGACGGCCGCCGCUUGCCUCUCGCCAGUGUUCCGCUGCCAGAGCUGGUUUGAGAAAGGACCCAUCUGGCCCCUACACUGGGCUCUGGUGACUUACCAGAAGAUAUGCCUCAACAGGUACAGGACAGUGCUGGGUGAGACAGUGCACACCGAUGCCCUUUUCUCCAGCUGUUCCAUGCGUGGCCUGGAGGAGGUGUUGUUCUGCCAGCAGCCAGGCCCUAAAGGAGCCCUGGCCCUAGCAGGGGGCACCAGCAGCAGCAGUGGGGGAGCCUGGGAGGCCUACUGGGAACGCAAUGAACCCCUCCGGGACGUAGACGAAGUCGCCAUCCCCGUUCUGAGUGUCUGUGCUCAGGAUGACCCUAUCAGAGGAGACCCCCAGUCUACCCUACCCCUGGAACUCUUCGAGAGCAACCCCCACUUCUUCCUGCUGCUGACCACCAGGGGGGGACACUGUGGCUUUAACACUCAGGAAGGGAGUGCUUUCUCUGGGGCAGGGACCUUUGGAGGGACACCUGGGACUAGCUGGAGCCACCGGGCCCUGCUGGAGUUCUUUAGAGCCACCACGGACUUCAUUGCGGCAGAGGAGAGGGCUAAGCAGGCUGCCAGACGGAGGGGCCUGGGGGGUAGCAGCCAGGGCAAAGUCUUCAGACAUCGUAGUGUCAGUAGCUGUAGGAGAAUGCCUGCAUGCUCACAUAAUAUACACACUAUCUACAACUGGCAGAGGUCUUAUACACGAUGAGCUGGGGUGAUGAUAUUGGAUAUUAUGGAUGAUAAGGGAUUUAUAUUAUGGAUGAUAAGGGAUUUAUAUUAUGGAUGAUAAGGGA